UGGUUUAAUAAAGUGAUUAAAAAACACAUGAAAUGUGAUAUGAGUUGAAUUGAUUGCAAGUCUUAAAAACAUUUCUUGUUGUAAGUGAUGUCAUAUCGUUGUUGUCGUCGAUAAUAAUGACAAUCAAAAGCAAUCAAUGGAUUAUUUGUGAACUUAAAUAUCUGUCGAUUGCUUCUUCACUUUUGGUGAUCUCUAUAUUUGGUGACCACUUAUUGUCCAUUAAGAGGACACCCGUCAACUCCUAUGUCAUCGCAUUGACCGACACUUUAAUUCACGGAAUGAUUGCUUCGUUGAGUUGGCUUUUGGUGGCCGUCACUAAAGGACAACCUAUUUAUGAAAAUAUCAUUUUAAUUGAGUCAUUGCUGGCAUUUAUGACCGCAUCGGCCAUCGAUUUCGAUCACGUACUCGAAGCUCGAAGUUUUGAUCUUAAGAUUGUUUCACAACUUUCUGACCGACCAUUCCUUCACAAUACAAGUCUGAUGUUAUCGAUAUCGUUAUCUAUUAUAGCAAUUGGUCUCUUGCGGCACAAUUGGUUAAUACACACUUAUGGCUGGAUAUUUCUGACGGCAAUCUUUACACAUCAUUUACGAGACGCUAUAAGACACGGCUUCUGGUUCUACCCGUUCCACACAAAGCCUGUCCCCCAAUGGCUAUAUGUUCUCACAUUAACUUCAUUCCCAUUAAUAUGUAGUCUACUCAUGAAUAUUGUGGCCAAAGAAUGGCUUGAAAGGCAUUCAAUCAAUGAUAAUAUCAAAUAUCAAGCAAUGGAUCUCAAUCUUGAAGAGGUUUGACAGCAUAUAAGUGGUUAAAGUUUAAUAAAACCAUCAAAUAUCGUAAUAUUGUAUUUAAUUAUAUUGUAAUAAAUUUUAUUAAUAU